CCUCUCGAUUCGUAUCGCUGGCCGCCGUGCCCGUUGUGCUGCUCACACCUCCCUAUGGUGGUGCGCAACCAACAAACCCGCCUCUCCCAGAUUACCUCAACCUGGCCUGUCGUUGACUCCGUCCUCCUCAUCACACACAGUCACCUGUUGGCCGCCCGCAAAACACCUCGCCGCGUCCAGUCAGCCCCGUACGGCAUCUCAGGCUCCAUCUUCGACCGAACUACCCCAGCAUCAAUGCGCUGAUUCAACCUCCGAUCGUCGUCUGCCGGUUGGCGACCACACUGCCACCGACCUCGCUCGUUUGUCCGGCUCAAGGCCGCCUCAUCUCGGCUCUGGACUUUCUGCUCAAUUCUGCCGACCAACAGACGUCCUUCUCGCCGGCAGAGACAUUCGACCUUCCCCCCGCGUUCCAUCCGCUGCCCCAACCCAUGAGAAAAUGCGUGGUAUAUACCCUCGCAUCUCGCCCGCCAUCGACGGCGGCAUCGCAUAUUCCCCGCGCAACUUUGCCAGACUGAUUCGACGGGAGAGCGACAACAAAAACUUUGUUUUGAUUAUCAUCUUGGCUGUUAUAGCUGGCCUGACACUGGCGGUCUGUAUACUCGUCUUGCUUGCCAAGAGGCGCGGCCGCCCCCAGCAUCGUGGCAACAAAACGACGGACCAAACCCCGGGUUUCUUUGACAGCGUGUCGCGUUACUGGCGUUCCGAUUCCGGCAGAUAUGAGCAGACCUGGGGAGACGACACCAUCACGGAUGGCCAGGCACAGUCACAUCGACUCGACACCGCGCCGUCAAGCCUCCCCACCCGUGCUCGCCAGAGUCGGGGCGUGUUGGGCCGCGACAAUGACACCCCUGCUGCUCAGUCCGCCACUUCUGGGGCAGCCGUUGACCGCAACACAUCCGUACGCUCCGUCAUGACGCUACCUGCGUACCGACAGACAGCUUCCAACAACGAGCAAGUCCUCGGCCGGGAAGGGGACAGAGAUGGUGUUGACGUCAUCAUCGACCUGCCAACAGCGGAAGAGGAGGAGGCACUACGUGAGGAAGAAAUGGCAACUAUUUAUCAGAUACGACAAACGAGGCGGCAGCAGGUUGCCGAAAGGGAAGAGCUAAGACAACAGCGCCGCGAAGCAAGGCGUCGAAACGACAGCGGGGCAUUGGCCGACAUUAGGGCGAGGUCAAGGGCAGCAAGCAACAACAGCCAGAUAGACGAGCUGCGAAGAGAGGUAGGCAGAAUCCAGGAUACCAGGCAGCGGUCAGUCUCCAGCGUGUCUUAUGGGGAUCUCGGGGUGGCUCGACACGACGGGACGAGGUUGCGCGCGAGCAGCAACGACAGCGAGCGCAUGGGCCUGCUCUCGGACGCGGCUAGUAUAGCCGUGUCCCAACGCUCAGGGGCCCCAUCGCCGUCGCUACACCGCCGUGAGCAAAGCAUCGGAUCCGUUGUCAGCGUGGAGAGCGACGCUCCUCCAUCGGUUCAAGCCCGGUCAAGGGGGGCAUCGAGGCCCGACACACCGCGACUUUCGGGGUCUAACGGGGCCUUGGCCGGCUCCAGCCCGGAGCUGGUAGAGGCGGACCUAGGGGAGGAGGAAAUUCCGCCCCCGGAAUACGAAGACGUGGCUCUGGAUGAAACGACUCAUCUAGAACGGCCCACAACGCCUCUUGACGGCCCGCCACCCGACUAUCCGGGGCCGUACCGAUCACCAUCUCUCCGGAGCAACGAUGCGGUUGCUAACGCAGGAGCUGCGGCCCAGGGAGGUGAUCCAACAUAUACAGUCGAGCGAGGUGUGGGUGGGAUCCCCCAACUGCCGAGCCUUAGGAUUUCGAGACUGCCUGAGAUUGUCAUUGAGCCCUCAAGCGCGCACACGCACGCAGGUCCAUCAUGACAGUUUAUGUAAUCAUGGCCGCGCCUCUUGCGAUGCCAGAUGUGCCACCAUUUCUCAUUCUCCGUUGCCGGGCCCGCCUCGCAACGCUUCGACACGGAGACGUUGUCGCUUGGCGAGGUACCCGGCCGCGACAUGAUUCAUGACGACAAGGAAUCGACUCGUCUAGUCAUGGGCUGCGUCUUCUGUACGAUUUAGACACUGAUAGUUAGCGUGCUGCGGCUCAAUUGAAUUUACUACGCACGGCUUCGACAGGAAACCCCACGUAGCGCUCUCGGACGCGUACGCGGUUCGACACAUGCACAUUUGACCCAAAGCAGUUUCCAGCUCGUGGCUAGCAAUGCCAGAAGCGAC